UUCGCUGUGGAGGUAGUAGUCUGCUGCUCGCUGGUGGAUAAGUUGUGGAGUUUUUCCUUUAUUUUUAAGGAGUUGUUUCCACUCUGGUUCCGAGAAAUGGCUUCAGGAACUGGAUUGAUCUACGAUGAACGAAUGAUGAGCUAUAAUCUGCUGUGGGAUUUCCCAGAUUGCAGCAUUGAAAUACCAGAACGUUUGUCCGCUUCCUUUGACAAACUGAAACAGUAUGGUCUUGUGGAAAGAUGUGUCCAACUAUCAGUUCGAGAGGCCACUGAAGAGGAAAUUAGUUUGGUUCACAGCAUGGAUUAUUUGGAAGCCGUAAAAUCUACUGCCUUUAUGAAUGUUGAACAAUUGAAGAGCUUCUCAUACAAAUAUGAUGCAGUUUAUUUUCACCCUAACUCCAAUCACUGUGCUAAAUUAUCUCUGGGAGCAACUCUACAACUUGUUGAUGCAGUCAUGUCAAACAGAGUAAGAAAUGGGAUGGCACUAGUAAGACCGCCAGGUCACCACAGCCAGAAGAGUGAUGCCUGUGGAUUUUGCAUCUUUAAUAAUGUAGCAAUAGCAGCUGAGUAUGCAAAACAAAGAUAUGGAGCAAAAAGGAUUGUGAUAGUUGAUUGGGAUGUGCAUCAUGGCCAAGGAACUCAGAACACAUUUGAGGAGGAUCCGAGUGUUCUUUAUUUCUCAUGGCAUCGCUAUGAGCACCAGCAGUUUUGGCCUAAUUUGAAGGAUUCUGAUUACAGUGCUAUUGGAAAAGGCAGUGGGACAGGAUUCACCAUAAGUAUGCCAUGGAACAAGGUUGGAAUGGGAAAUGCUGACUAUUUGGCAGCUUUCUUCUCCAUUUUACUUCCAAUGGCUUAUGAGUUUAAUCCAGAAUUAAUUCUGGUUUCGGCUGGAUUUGAUUCCGCUAUUGGAGAUCCUGAGGGUGAAAUGUGUGCUACACCUGAGUGUUUUGCUCAUCUAACUCAGUUACUGAUGCCAUUAGCUAAUGGGAAACUGUGCUUUGUUUUAGAGGGAGGAUACAACUUGCGUUCCCUUUCAGAAUCCAUCUCUAUGACUGUCCGUGCAUUAUUAGGGGACCCAGCACCUCCUUUGAUUGGCCAAAUGCAACCGUGCUUAAGUGCUAUGGAAACAAUACAAAAUGUAAGAGCUAUGCAUCAGCCAUAUUGGAAAUUUCUGAAGUACCACGAGGCUGAGAUUAUUAAAGAUCCAAGCACCAAGAAAUUGAACUUUGCUAUUGAAGAGCAUAAUUUUGAACCAGAGAAAAACAUGACAAUGCCCUCCAUGGAGAAUGAAGACUUUGAUGUAUUCAUGGAUUCCCACAUGAAGAACAUUCUUGUAUUAGCCCCCUCUGAAAGAACUGCAUGGGCUGGUGAUGAAAUAAAGUCGGCAAAGUUGAAUCAAUGCCUUAAAGUAGAAGCAAAGGAAAUUUCCAUGGAAGAAGUUGGCAAUCUCAUCAGUGGUGGUGAUACUGCACAACUGGAGAUCAAAAGCCUUUUACCGUCGUUAGGAUGUAUAUUUCCAAUAAUUGAUAAAAUAUCUAAAAGAGAGGUCCGAAAUGGUAUUGCGGUAGUUCCUACAUUAUCAUCUAGUGCCAUUACAGCACGGUAUGGCGUUACCAUUGGAGCAAGCAGGGUUUUACUUCUAGUGGUUGGAGAAGCUGACAUUCCAGCUGAUAUUAAAGCUGAUGAGAAAAUCCUGGUGGUGUACAUAUGUAGGAAGCAUGACACAAUGGAAGUAAACAAUUACUUUAUCCCGAUUUGCUGGAAAGAGGAUAAUGAAUGCGAUGGGGAUCUUCUAUAUGCAACAUUUGAGUUAAUUUUACCUUUGGCAUAUGGCCACAGACCUGAACUCGUGAUUUUGGCUGUGGGAGGUAACACUGGAAUUGAAGCACUUACACUAGCUCACUUGACACAGUUGCUGCAGUUGUUUGCUGAAGGUCAGAUCCUUGUAAUAAGCCAGGCUUCUGACCUUGUGGAGACUUUGACAAGUUCCUUGCUAGGUGACACUUUACCUGCAGUAGGGUCUCUUGUUUUAAAUCAAGAAAAUGUACUCAUGUUGAUGAAACUUAAGCAAGAACUGAAGGAGCACUGGAAAUUACUGGACAGUGCUGGACAAGGUGAUCAACACUAGCGACAAGAUACUCACGUAUCCAAGCAAACCGGAGCAAACAAGGAACAGAGAAACGUUCCCGCCUGCGAGUGGCAUCCUGUCCGAAUCAGAGACUCCCAUUUCACGGACUUCGAAAUAACCUCAUCGAGGGUUUUGUGGCCCAAGAAAUUUGGAAGCCUCAUUUCUGAGUAUCCGACAUCCUGGCACAGUCCCAUUUCUUUAGGCACGGCCACACACUUGGUCGAUAUUCCGAUAUCGAAACAAUUGAUUAGCACCGCCUGCAGGGUACAGAGCAGCGAGAAGAGAUAUCCCCGUUUACGAGACAUUCCUACAGGGUGCAAUGACAGCUAUAAAUUAUUCUGUUCUUGUGGCUGUAUUUAUAUAUUUUGCGAACUAUUCCAUCUGUUAUCAGUGGCCCAACAAAAGUAUUUGAGAUAAGCCUUAAUUUCUAUUGACCAGUCAAGGAUUGUAAACACUUUCUUCAGUCUGCGCGGAGUCAUCGGCAAAUGGGUCAUUAGACUGUAUCUAGUUAACGUUCUUUGUUGCGAGGUGCCUCUGUUUAUUAACAUUAAAUAUCAAUUAAGAAACAUCUUUAACAACCCUAAUAAAGAUAGAAUCAAUUUAAGAAACUAUACUGGCGUUAAUUUUCAAUAGACAGACAGACUCCUGAAACCCCUUUGUUUCUGUGGUAUUUCGACAAACGGCGGAGUGAGAAAUGAAACAAAGGAGUUUUCCGACUAGGCUGAUUGUCUCCCGUCUCGUGUCUUGAAUGCAAGCAUUCCAGUGGAGACGAGUUUCUGAUUCUUUAACGUCUGCAGUUCGAGCAGCAAGUUUGCAGAGUCAGAAAAUCAAACUCGUUAAAUAUGAAUUGAUGUUUUCUGUGAUAAGUGAGCUAUACGCAGACUUCAAUUUUCCAGCAUACUUGACCGGCCUUCCUGCGGUCAUCCGCGCCCUGGUAUCGGAAUCAGGUUUACAAUCACAGACAAGUGUUGUGGCAUUUGUAAUUUUGUAUAAUUUGAGGAAAUGGGUUAAUCCAAAAUAAAUUAACUUUUAAAAAAUAUAUAUUUUUUCAGAAAGUUGCCAUGAAACUAACACUGACGAAUCUGAAUGAGGUUUAAUAUCACGGGCAUAUGUCGUGAAAUUUAUUGUUUUAUGGCAGCAGUGCAAUGUAAUACAUAAUAAUGUGGGGGGACUGUGAAUUACAAUAAGUAUAUGUGUAUAUUGUAAGUUAAAUAAGCAGUGCAAAUUAGAAGUUAAGAAAGUAGUAUGGUUCAAUGUCCAUUCAGAAAUCGGAUGGCAGAGGGGAAGAACCUAUUCCUGAAUCGUUGAGUGUGAGCCUUCAGGCUUCUGUACCUCCUCCCUGAUUGUACCAAUGAGAAGAAGGCAAGUCCUGGGUGAUGGGGGUAGUUAGUGAUGGAGCAUAGAAUGUAGGAAAUCUACAGCACAUUACAGGCCCUUCGGCCCACAAUGACCAUGUAACCUACUCUAGAAGAUGCCUAGAAUUAACCCACUGCAUAGCCCUCUAUUUUUCUGAGCUCCAUGUACCUAUGUAAAAGACCCUAUUGUAUCCACCUCUACCACCUUCACUGCCAGUGCAUUCCAUGCAUCCAUCACUCUCUGUGUGGUAAAACUUGCCUCUAACAUCCCCCUUGUACCUACUUCCAAGCACCUUAAAACUGUGCCUCCGCAUGCUAGCCAUUUCAGCCCUGGAAAAAAGCUUCUGACUGUCCACACGAUCAAUGCCUCUCAUCAUCUUGUACACCUCUGUCAGGUCACCUCUUAUCCUCCUUUGCUCCAAGGAGAAAAGGCCGAGUUCACUCAACCUAUUCUCAUAAGGCAUUCUCCCCAAUCCAGGCAACGUCCUUGUAAAUCUCCUCUGCACUCUCUCUAUAGUUUCCACAUGCUUCCUGUAAUGAGAUGACCGGAACUGAACACAGUACUCCAAGUGGGAUCUAAAGGUUGUAAUGAAAAUUUUGCUUGUAGUAGGUCACAGGCACAUAACAUUGCAUAAGUAGCAUUCACAAGAAGAACAUUAAACAUAACUUAUCCAGUUGAACAUAAAUAGAAUUAGAACAAAAAAUCCAUUGUAGCUCAAAGUGAUCAUCAGAAUGUUCAUAGAGUUGUUAUACUGAUGUAGUCCUUCGGGUUAAGCAGGUUGGUUCAAGAACUGAAUGGUGAAAAGAAAGCUACUUCCCUCUGGACUGCACUGGUGCAUGACUGCCCAGGAGCUGAAAUGCUGCCAUGCAUGCAGCCUUUGUUGCUGCACAGCUAGAAUUUGAUUUUUUAUGAUGUUAAUAUAAUUUUUAAAUUAUGCUAAUAUUAUUUUCAAAUCUAUGAUAGUAUAAUAGUGAAAUGCCUUGAAAUUCAUGAUGUAUUAAUGUGUAUAAUCCUUAAAUUUUUAAAUUAAUAUAUAUUCUGUAAUCUUUACAGUACUGUGCAAAAGUCUUAGGCACAUAUACACAGCUGGGGAGCCUAAGAUGUUUGCACAGUACUGUUGUAAUUUUGUGUAUUGCACUUUACUGCUUCCACAAAAAAAAUCAAAUUUCUUGACAUGUGAAUGGUGAUACACCUGAUUCUGA